UUAUGAACUUCUAAUGCUUGUGUAGGUGUAAUUUCAUAAAAGGAAAUCCAAUCAAAUUCCAUUUAGAGAAACUCCGACGCAAUGUCCGGUUCCGAUCCCGGCAAGCUCAUCUCCAAAGCCGACAAUUUAACAACGCUAAGCCUUACAAGGUGGAGUGCUGAUUGGGAAAGUGCUACCCGUUUGUAUGAACAAGCUGCCAAUGGAUUUCGAGUUUCCAAAGAUUAUGAGAAGGCUAAGUUGGCAUUCGAGAAAGCUUCCAAAGGACGAGAGAUGCUAUCCUCUCCCUGGGAUGCAGCUAAAAGCAUGGAGUCUGCUGCUGCACUAGCAAAGGAACUACGCAACUGGACUGAAGUUAUUGACUUUUAUAGAAAGGCAUCCGAGUUAUACAUGCAGUGUGACAGACCACAAUUUGCAUCGGAUUCACUCGCCAAAGCUGCCCGUGCUGUGGAAGAUGCUUUGCCUAGUGAUGCCAUUAAACUGUAUAGUGAUGCCUGUGUUCUUCUUGAAGAUGAUCGAAAGGAACAGAUGGCCCUUGAUCUAUAUCAUGCUGUCACUAAUAUUUAUGUAAAACUUGAGAAGUACACAGAUGCUGUAGCUUUCCUUUUGAAAUUGGGCUUAGCAGCUGAUAAGUGCAAUGCUACAAAUAGUCAAUGCAAGGCGUAUCUUAGUGCAGUGAUCGUGUAUCUUUAUGCUCAUGACUUAAAGCAAGCAGAGAAGUGCUACAAUGACUGUUCUCAGAUUGAUGCUUUCUUAAGAAGUGAUCAGAACCGCUUUGCGGGUAAACUCCUUUCUGCUUACAAAGAAGGUGAUGUAGAAGAAAUCAAACGUGUGGCUCAGUCAAGAUCUAUCACCAACCUUGACAGUGUGAUCAUAAAGCUUGCGAGGAAGUUGCCUACAGGUGACGUGGCUGCGUUUAAGACCAAUGCUGCUAUAGGUGAGGAAGAAGCCCUGGAUGAGAAUGACCUCAAAUAGAUAGAAUUUACCUUCGGAAUUGUCUCAUUGUAAUUACGUAGAGGCAUCUUGGAUUGGUUCUGCUUGGUCAUGUUAAAGGGAUAUUUCAUUUUGUAAAGAGUUGCCUGUUUUAUGAAUGGAGACGACUGUAGUCUUCACAACCGGUAGCCCAUUGGCCAUUGUUGAAAAUUUGUUCUUUCUCCUCUUACAUUGUUACAUCUAUCCCCCUUAAUAAUAGACAACAUCUAGAAGUCUCCAAAGGACCUUAUAGUAAAAGAUUUUCACAAAUAAAUAAAUCAACAGUAAUAGAGUC